GGACGCGAUCAUUUGAGAAAAAAAGGGGUGCCCCGUUAUUUUUCUGUUGUUCGUCACACGUUUUCUCUCUCUUUCUUUCGUUCCCUUCUUCGCAGUCGCGUCGCAUCGCAUCGCUUCGCUUAGCUUCGAUUAUUCGAUUGCGUUGCCUUUCUCGCUCUUUCCCUUUCAAUAUUCAACUUCAUCUUCGGUAAGCCCUUAACAAUUUUUCUCUCGUUCUUCGCCUUCUCUCUCUCUUUUAAUUGUCUAGGGUUACCAUUCUAAUCCCCUCUUUACCUUCAUAUUUUGCGUUCUUUCUAUUAUUUCUCUAUUUCCCCUUUUCUUUUUUCUCUAAUUGUCGUCAGAUCUUACUUGCGUUCUUCAAUUUUGAAAUCUCUCGGAUUCAUUGUUUUUGGGCUUAGGGUUCUAUAUAUAAAAAAAAAGUUUGUUGCUAAGGGGGAUUAGGGUUUUCCCUUGGAAUUUAUCAAUUUAGGUAGAUAGAUAUAUGGCUGCUGGCAGACAUGGUGGUUAUCGCGAGAACGAGUUUAAGGAUCGUGAGUCCAAUUUGGAUGUUUCUAAGCGCGCUUUUGCGAAUCCAAAAGAAGAGUACGAUCGGGUUAGGAAUGGUGGCCGCGAUGUUGCUGUGGGUGGAAGCAGGGAUGCAAGGGAUAGGAUUAGGGUGAGGCAGAAGGAUAUUAGGGAGAGGGAAGCUGUUAAUGGCAGUUAUCGGUCUUCGUCGAGUAGGAGUAACUCUGGAAGCAGUGGCGGUGGCAGCCUUGGCCCCCGCCGGUGUGAUUUUUCUGUCAAGGCAAUGGAUAGAGAGCCUGGUGAACUUUCCAGUGAGAGUGGGUCUGAUGAUGCUAUUGAAUCAGAAUCGGGGGUUAAAGACACCGAGGUUGCCAUGUUUAAAGAAAACAGGACUCGGUCACCGCCCCCAAAGGAGAGGAAAAGGAAAUUUUCGCCCAUUGUGUGGGAUCAGGAUGACAAGGAGGUCAAUGAGUCAUCCAAAGUUAGGGUUUCCACCACUGCAGUGACAGCUCUUCCUCCCCCACCUCCGCUCUCAAAAGUGUUCCGUCAGACGCAGUCACCCAAUGCUUUGUACAGUGGAGUUGAAAUACAUCCUGUCAAAAGCAGAGAAACUGGGGAUCUUGAAUUGCCAGCAGCUGCAAAGAUAACUUUGCGCUCUCCUUCAGGUUUGCAUUCCCCAUCACCAAAACGGACCUGGGGUAAUGACAGGGAAGUUGAACAGCCAGACGGUGAAGAUUAUGUUCCAACUCGCAAUAUUUCAUCUUCAAGAUGGGCAGCUGGGGAUAGCUCUCCUGUUGAUGAGGGUGAAAUCCUCAACGGUGAGGAGAUGCCUAAAAGGAGGAGGAGGCUGUCUCCUGAGAUGUUGGAUAAUCGAGUGAGGAACAAGUUUCUGAGCCCAGAGGAAACUAAGAUAGAAGGUCUUGAAGGAGCUAGAGUCAAAUCAUCUGAAUCUGAAGAAAGAGGUAUCCAUGGGAGAACAUCCAGCGGUGAUGAUCAUCCUGGUAUUGAAUCAGAGAAGGAUGACUAUAUGGAGAUUGAUGCUCAGGGUGGGAAAAGCGAAACCAGUGUUAGUCACUCAGACACAGAUUCUGAAGAUGAAGAUGAUAACCGGGAGACUCCAGAACCUCCAGUUCCACCACAAAGAACAGUCAACAUGCUUCAGGGUUGUAGGAGUGUUGAUGAGUUUGAGAGACUUAACAAGAUAGAUGAAGGAACAUAUGGUGUUGUAUAUAGGGCUAAAGAUAAAAAGACUGGAGAAAUUGUAGCAUUGAAGAAAGUCAAGAUGGAGAAGGAAAAGGAAGGCUUCCCACUAACUUCUCUUAGGGAAAUAAACAUUCUUCUUUCUUUUCACCAUCCAUCCAUAGUUGAUGUUAAAGAAGUAGUGGUAGGAAGUAGCCUUGAUAGUAUAUUCAUGGUCAUGGAAUAUAUGGAACAUGAUCUUAAAGGACUAAUGGAGGCAAUGAAGCAACCAUUUAGCCAGAGUGAAGUGAAGUGCUUAAUGAUCCAGCUUUUAGAAGGUGUGAAGUAUCUUCACGACAACUGGGUGCUUCAUAGGGAUUUGAAAACUUCAAAUCUGCUUCUAAAUAACAGGGGUGAGCUUAAAAUUUGUGAUUUUGGGUUGGCUCGUCAGUAUGGGAGUCCUUUGAAACCGUAUACACACCUGGUGGUUACUCUUUGGUAUAGGGCACCUGAACUUCUUCUGGGGGCAAAACAGUAUUCAACUGCCAUUGACAUGUGGUCUUUAGGUUGUAUAAUGGCUGAGCUAUUAUCUAAGGAACCUUUGUUUAAUGGGAAAACAGAAUUUGAUCAACUUGACAAGAUUUUCCGGAUUCUUGGCACACCAAAUGAAACAAUUUGGCCUGGGUUCACAAAAUUACCUGGAGUCAAGGUCAAUUUCGUCAAGCACCAGCUUCCAACUUUGGGUGGUUCUGGUAUAACCUCCUACGUAAAAAGUUUCCUGCCACAUCAUUCACUGGAUCUCCAGUCCUUUCUGAUUCUGGAUUUGAUCUGUUGAACAAGCUACUAACUUAUGACCCUGAAAAGCGGAUCACGGCUGAAGCUGCUCUCAAUCAUGAGUGGUUCCGUGAAGUUCCUCUUCCUAAGAGUAAAGAAUUCAUGCCUACAUUUCCUGCUCAACAUGCUCAGGACAGGCGGAUGAGGAGAGUAUACAAGAGUCCAGAUCCUUUAGAGGAGCAGCGCCGGAAGGAGUUGCAGAUGGGUGAAUCAGGGACUGGAGGAAUUUUUGGCUGAGCAUGAUGGUGCUUACUAAAGCUAUCUCUCAAUAAUCAUUCUAACACACUCCACUGAAUGUUUUAGUGUAUGAGGUGAGGGUAUGCACUGAACGGAAGUUGGAAGCAUUGUUUGUUAGACGAUCACUCGUGCUGUUUUUUAACAGGAACUUAUUGGUUUAGUGGAGAUGUAUUCUUUUAUCUCCUGGGAACCAGAUUUCUUUCAGGUUAACAUUCUUCAUGCUUGGUCAUUAUAUUGAAAUGCAUCUGGAACAUGGCUUGCAGCUCAAGGUGUGGCAUUAUUGGCUUCUGAAAUUAGGAAUUAUCAGUGUCUGCUGAAACUUAUGUAACAUAUUUCAUUGGCAUAUUGUAAACAAAUUUUAUCUGGUUGAGUAUUAAAGCAAUAUGGAUUUUGCUAGCAGCUAUCACUUCUUUCUUUCUUUUUAAUAUUCACAUUGUGUUUGCAAGAGACGGUUGGUUGGACGUGGAAGAGGACCUUCUGUGCAUCUCAUUGAAGAUAUUGAUAGUGACAUUAUGCAUUAAAAGUACCAAAGCAAGCAGGUUGAGGAGGUUACCAGUAUAUCUUAAAGUAUAGAACUUCAGUUAGUUGUUCCUUCAGGCUCUCUAGAGCUGGGAGAUGGGGUUGCUAAGAGAUGUAAUGCAUCCACAUCCCAUAUAGCAUCAUUUACUGGAUGGGCGAUGCAGUAAGCAUAAGCUGUAUGUUUUUUUUCCUCCUUUUUUUUUUAUUCCUUUUCUGAUGGUAAAAGGCAGGUUGUGACAUCAUGAAAUAUAUAUUCGUCUAGCAAGUGCUGUGGGGAUUGUAUUUGACAGGUUGCCUGUGUUCUACAUGCGAAUGUCCAAUCAAUUUUGCUUGCGGUCAGAACUGUAGCAAUGUGAUUGUUAUAUGCGAUCACACCGUUGGUAAAUGAGGACUGAACUAUGUUGAUGGAUUUUGGGAGAUGGUUAAAAUGGAUCAGUCAAUUAGCAAUUUUCUAGGAAUUUGGGAGAUAGAUAAUUAAAAUGGUCAAAACAUGGAAAAAGAAUCAACCUUUUGUUUUUGGGAGGUGGGGUUCAAACCAUAGGCAUGCAGAUGUGAUUCUUGUCGCCCGUGGGUACUCUUUUUACUAUGGUUUCUGCAAAUGUUUCUAUUUACAUUUUACCUCAUCUGUUUGCGAGGCAUCACGUGAAGUUAUUUUGUGCGACACAAGAAUAAGGCAUGGAACUAAUUAUUUUGAACUGGAAUGAGUUUGAGGAGUUGAACUUUGCAAGGGUAACGAGGAGGAUCAUGUUAUAAUGAAUUCAACAUUAAAAUGUUAUUCAACUCGAAGGAAUCAAUUAUCAUUAGGGAGAAGGGAUGGUGAUUGCCGUAGUGGCCGUAUACUUCCUUAAUGACAUGUAAAUGGGUGUUGGGAAAAUUUUUCUCUUCCAAUUAUUAUAAAUAUGAAUAACGUAUUCUUAUCUGAG